CCGAGGGGUAGGGCGGCGAGGAGAGUGCCGGUCGCAGGCUCGUGCGGGCGGGCUUGGACCUUCGGAUCUUCAGGACGCAAAGCGUAACCUAGGGGCCGAAGCUCCCCGGCUGGGCAGCGUGGACACUUGAGGCCCGUAGGCGCCUUUCAUCUCUGGCACCUCCCCGCAGCCGGCUUCGCAGUGGUCUGCUCCGGUUGCCGGGUGCGGGUUUGGGUUCCGGACCGAACGCUGCGUGUCCGGUGCCGCUGGUGGUGGCUCGGCCAGGCCCUGGUUACGGUGCCGACUGUCAGGGCAGGCUUGACACCAUGGAGGGCCCCGGGACUGUCUCUCAGCCGCACUUGGGGCUGGUCCUGGGAAAGCUUCGCCGGGUUGUGGCAGCAUUGCCUGAAGAUAUGAGACCAGGUUCUAACUUCUAUGGUUUUCCAUGGGAAUUAGUGAUAUUUGCAACUGUUGUUGGAUUUUUUGCUAUUCUUUUGUUUUUGUGGAGAAGUUUUCGAUCGGUUAGAAGCCGGCUCUAUGUGGGAAGAGAGAAAAAGCUUGCUGCAGAACUUUCUACACUGAUCGAAGAAAAAUGUAAACUACUUGAAAAAUUUAGUGUUGUUCAAAAGGAGUAUGAAGGCUUAGAGUCAUCUUUAAAGGAUGCCAGCUUUGAGAAGGAGUCAACAGAAGCACAAAGUUUGGAGGCAGUCUGUGAAAAGCUGACUAGGUCCACAUCUGAACUUGAGGAUGAAAUACUCAUUCUAGAAAAAGAGUUAAAAGAAGAGAAAUCUAAACAUUCAGAACAAGAUGAAUUGAUGGUGGAUAUUUCAAAAAGGAUACAGUCCCUAGAAGAUGAAUCAAAGUCCCUCAAAUCACAAGUAUCUGAAGCCAAAACAACCUUCAAAAUAUUUCAGAUGAAUGAAGAAAGACUUAAGGUAGCUAUAAAAGGGGCUUUGAGUGAAAAUUCUCAACUUCAGGAAAGCCAGAAACAGCUUUUACAAGAAGCUGAAGAAUGGAGAGAAAAAGUGAAUGAACUUAAUAAACAGAAAAUAACAUUCGAAGACUCCAAAGUACAUGUGGAACAAGUUCUAUGUGAUAAAGAAAGUCAGAUGAAGUCUCUGACUGAGCGCUUACAAAAGAUGAAAGACUGGGCUGCUGUGCUUGGAGAAGACAUAACAGAUGAUGAUAACUUGGAAUUGGAAAUGAAGAGUGAUUCAGGGAAUGGUGCGCACUUAGAUAAUCAACCAAAAGGAGCUUUGAAGAAACUGAUUCAUGCUGCUAAGUUAAGAGCUUCUUUAAAAACCCUAGAAGGAGAAAGAAACCAAAUUUACACUCAAUUAUCCGAAGCUGAUAAAACAAAAGAAGAGCUUACAGAGUGUAUUAAAAAUCUCCAGACUGAACAAGCAUCUUUACAGUCAGAAAAUACACAGUUUGAAAGUGAGACUCAAAAGCUUCAGCAGAAACUUAAAGUAAUGACUGAACUGUAUCAAGAAAAUGAAAUGACACUUCACAGGAAGUUAACAGCAGAGGAAAACUACCGGUUAGAGAAAGAGGAGAAACUUUCCAAAGCAGAUGAAAAGAUCAGCCAUGCAGCUGAAGAGCUGGAGACCUAUAGAAAGCGAGCCAAAGAUCUAGAAGAAGAAUUGGAGAGAACCAUUCAUUCUUAUCAAGGACAGAUUAUUUCUCAUGAGAAAAAAGCACAUGAUAAUUGGUUGGCAGCUCGAACUACUGAAAGAAACCUCAAUGAUUUAAGGAAAGAAAAUGCUCACAACAGACAAAAGUUAACUGAAACAGAGUUUAAAUUUGAACUUUUAGAAAAAGAUCCUUACGCACUUGAUGUUCCAAAUACAGCAUUUGGCAGAGAGCAUUCCCCAUAUGGUCCCUCACCAUUGGGUCGACCUUCACCUGAAAUGAGAGCUUUUCUCUCCCCUCCAACUUUGUUGGAGGGUCCACUCAGACUCUCACCUUUGCUUCCAGGGGGAGGAGGAAGAGGCUCAAGAGGCCCAGGGAAUCCUCUGGACCAUCAGAUUACCAAUGAAAGAGGAGAAUCAAGCUCUGAUAGGUUAACUGAUCCUCAUAGAGCAUCAUCUGACACUGGGUCCCUUUCACCUCCCUGGGAACAAGAUCGUAGGAUGAUGAUUCCUCCAUCAGGCCAACUGUAUCCUGAUCCAGUUCUUCCUCCACAAAGGCAAGACAGAUUUUAUUCUAAUUCUGGUAGACUUUCUGGACCAGCAGAACUCAGAAGUUUUAAUAUGCCAUCUUUGGAUAAAACGGAUGGACCAGUGUCUUCAGAAAUGGAAUCCAGUAGAAAUGAUAGCAAAGAUGAUCUUGGAAAUUUAAACGUGCCUGAUUCAUCUCAUCCCAUUGAAAAUGAAGCACCUGGCCCUGGCUUGGUUCCCCCACCUCACCCUCCAAUCAGAGGCCCAUUGUUUCCAAUGGGUACAAGGGGCCCUUUCAUUAGAAGGGGUCCUCCUUUCCCUCCACCUCCUCCAGGAAGCAUGUACGGAGCUUCCCGCGAUUAUUUUCCACCAAGGGAUUUCCCUGGCCCAGCACCUCCUCUAUUUGCAAUGAGAAAUGUCUAUCCACCAAGAGGUUUUCCUCAUUAUCUUCCCCCAAGAGCUGGAUUUUUCCCUCCACCCCCGCAUGCUGAAAGUAGAAGUGAGUUCCCAUCAGGGCUGAUUCCGCCCUCAAAUGAGCCUACUACUGAACAUCCAGAACCACAGCAAGAAACUUGACAAUAUUGUUGGGUCUUUCCUCAAAAGUAAUUUUGACUUCUCUCUCAUUUUCAGUUUAAGUAACUGCUGUUACUUAAGUGAUUAUAUUUUUGCUCAAAUUGAAGCUUAAUGGAAUUAUAAUUCUCAGGAUAGUAUUUUGUAAAUAAAGAUGAUUUAAAUAUGAA